AAUAAGAGAUACAUCAAUUUUGUGUUUGCGUGAUAUUUUAUGUGAUUAUGUGAAUUUAAGAUAUGAUACAGAGUAUAUAAUACUUUAAGAAUGACUGACGAGAAAUUGGUGACAGAAGUUCCUAGCAGUCUAAAGCAAUUGGCUAGGUUGGUGGUUAGAGGCUUUUACUCCAUAGAAGAUGCUUUAAUAGUAGAUAUGUUGGUGAGAAACCCUUGCAUGAAAGAAGAUGAUAUAUGUGAAUUGUUGAAGUUUGAAAGGAAAAUGUUAAGGGCGAGAAUAGCUACUCUAAAGAAUGAUAAAUUCAUACAAGUUCGAUUAAGAAUGGAAACUGGCCUAGAUGGAAAAGCUCAAAAAGUGAAUUAUUAUUUUAUUAAUUAUAAAACCUUUGUUAAUGUAAUUAAAUAUAAGUUGGAUUUGAUGAGGAAACGUUUAGAGACUGAGGAACGCGAUGCAACAAGUAGGGCUAGUUUUAAAUGCCCAAAUUGUUUAAAAACAUUUACAGACUUGGAGGCCGAUCAGUUAUUUGAUUUCGCAACUAGUGAAUUCCGUUGUACAUUUUGUAGGGAAGUCGUAGAAGAAGACUCUUCAGCACUACCAAAAAAAGACUCUCGUCUAUUACUAGCAAAAUUCAACGAACAGUUGGAACCCAUUUAUAUCCUUCUACGUGAAGUAGAGGGCAUCAAAUUAUCUCCUAAAGUAUUAGAGCCGGAACCAGUAGAUAUUAGUACCAUUAGAGGACUCGACAAAAAAUCAAAUGCUGCACAAUCCGGCCAAGAAUGGUCCGGCGAAGCUACGAGAAAAUCAGGUUUUGUCGUGGAAGAAGCAAGAGUUGACGUCACAAUUGGUGAAGAGAGCAACUCUGUUAUUAACCGCAAAGAACAACCAAUUUGGAUGACAGAAUCCACUGUUAUAUCAAAUAUUGAUUCGCAGGAUUCCAAUAAGGCUAAUGAGGGCAUACUUGAGGUUGCAUCUGAAGUGGCAGGAGCCAGUGCCGCCAAAAACGAUGAUAUCAUGUCUGUUCUUCUUGCUCACGAAAAACGUCAAACUGAUAACAGUGCCGCAAACGCAGUUAAAGGAUUGACGAACGAGUCCGAUUCCAGUUCAGACGAGAUGAACGAAGUGAAAAAUACAAAUGAGGACGUCGAAAUGAUGGAGAGCGACGAAGACGAGGAUGAUCACGUUCCGACGGUCACUGUCGGGAAUCGAACUUACCCCAUUACUGAUAUCAAUGAUACUAUUAUCGCGGAGAUGACUCAAGCCGAGAAAGAGAUAUAUGUCCAAGUGUUUCAGGAUUAUUAUUCUCAUAUGAGUUAUUGAGUGUCUAGGUAUUUAUUAUACACGUGUACUAUUAGGAAAAAAGUUCUUAUAUCCUUCU